GCCAGGCCGCAGCUCUGCCUAGCCCUGCCACCACCACGGUCCCGAAAGGGCAGGGCCGCCGUGGGGCGUGACUCACAGGGCAGGAUGCACCAAUCGGGCCCUGUCUCAGCCCCCCAACACGGCGGUUGAGGCCUUGCCCGGCGCAUCAUGACUCCAGCAUUGUCACAGAUGAGGCCAAUAAGCGGCCCGAAGGUCAACCCAAUGCGCCCUAUUGUAUAAGACAAUGAACCCUUCUCCCUUGUUCUGGCGUCUUCCCCUCGUUUCGGUCAGACACUUUUGACGAUUUGCUCGCAUCACCGGCGAGUCCUCACGCAAUUAGCAGGCAUGAGCAACAGGCACACACACACUGCCUCACAGUCACCGAGUUUGACCGGCGAAACACAACACCGAACACCUAAAGGCCAGGUUUACAACUUUGUGAUCUAACGAGAUAAAAGCCCACCAUGGGGCUCCCCCUCCGAAACUCCACCUCCUUCAUCUCCCCCAACCCGGGGGCCCCGUCCCUUGGCGGACCCUCCACGACCUCCGACUCCGACAUAGACCCGGACCUCUCCGAACCGUUAAGUUACCACUACCACACCCGGUGCCGCCGCACCAACCGCCCUAGUCGACUCCAUCCGCACCCUGCCUCCCGCCACAACCUAAAGGCGGGCUCGGAGCCGAGUCCUCACUCCCGGUCCAACCCAAACCACAACAACACCACCAACAACCACCACCGCAGACUCCACCGCCACCGCCUCCGCCAAGCCCACCACACACACCACGCAAAGCCGCGCAGCCCCUGGGCCGCCGACGCCGACGAGGGCCGCGCUCUAGCCCGGUCCGCCAUCCAACUACCAGGCGAACGCAGCAGCAGUAGUAACGGCGGUGGCCGGGGAGGUGGAAGGUCGAGCAGUCGGAGCAGGAGUACCCGGAGCAGCAGUAGUAGUGGUGGUGGUGGUAGGGGUGAAGAUGGAGAUGGGAGUAGCAGUGCCAGCUCGGCCGCGGGGCGACGACCGCCGUCGCUGGAGCGGCAGGACGCGUUUCGCGACGAGAAGACGGCGAAGCGGAGGCGGCAACGGCAGCAACGGGAGUGGGAGGACGAGCAGGAGGAUGACGGCGGUGGCCUGAGGGACGAGCAGGCCGAGGUGGCCGAGCUCUACCGCAUGGGCCUGCUGUACGACGACGAGCACGAGCGGGGCGAGGGCUUCUCGCUGGACGGCAUCGUCCGCGACGAGCCGGUCUACUCGCUCCGGGUGCGGCCUGCGAAGCGGGCGAGGCGGGAGGAGAGGGCGGCGGAUGGUCUUUCUUUGUCGGCGGUGGAUUUGGCGUUCUCGGCGUUUGGCGCGGACGAGGCUUGGGCGGGGUGGCUGCUUUCUGGUUCUGGUUCUGGCUCUGCUUCAUCAGAUACCCCGGCGUUGGAGGAGCCCCGGCCUUGGAUGGAGACUGCGCAUGAUACCCCCCGGUUGACGGUCGUUUACGAGCUGGUUGAUGACGCCGUUUCUGCCAUGUCGGCGGAUGAUGAUUUCCUUGAUUCCAUUUCUGUUUCGGAGAUUUCUUUUUGUGGCGGAGAGGACAGGGAUGAGAUGGCUUGGGCCAUGCUCGAUGGAGAUGGAAAUGCACUGUCGGCGACGAUGGACGUGGUGGAGGCGAACGAGGAAGUCGACCCCUGGGUUGUGCUGGGCCGUGACGGCUCGUAACAGGUCCGCCACAGAGAUCCCCGACUGCCCUGGAUUUCGGCCGCCUAUGCAGCUGCGCGUUGCGAUCGGACUGGCCCUCUAGGCGGCCUAGCACACCAUGGGGGUGGCAUGGAGUUAUUUGGGGAGGUAGUCAGGCUGUGUGCUCGUGGUCAUGACCGCUUGAGCUCGCUUGUUCACGGGUUGAGGGACGGUUGUCAACAUUUGUACCACCAUCAUGAUCCAUCAGGAGCGGGCGAUGCAUUGUCAGGAGCUUUGUUUUCUUUUUCAUGUCUAGAUGAUCUCUUUUCCACUUUACGAUGUUAUGAACUAUUUAAGUUUCUCUCCAAUAAUUAAUGACGACAGAGCGUGCUUUCAUGAUCGUCUAAAUAAUACCCUUUCGUUGA